GCGCGCGAAGGGCGUCUUGGAUCAGGGUCGCGCGUGGAGCCGCACGCGGAACGACCCGAUCGACCUCGCGAUCGCGCGGGGAUCUCCGCAUCGCGGACGCAUCGCGGACGCAUCGCCAGCGCCAGGCGACAUGGCCGCCGGCGGCAGCGAAGCGACGAACGGAGGAGAUGCGUCGACGCCGGCGGCGGCGUCCGCGAAGGAAGAGACCCCGGUGAAGGAAGAACCCGAGAUCAAGGAGCCGGUCGAGUUUCCGAAAAUCCCGGGGACGACGCUGUCCCUGCGCGUUCUCGACGAGUUUGAGAUCCGUGACAAGCGCGACGAAGGCAAAGUCGUCGGCCUCGAGCAGUGCCGCACGAAGAACGUCGUCGUGUUCGGCAAGGCUCGAAAGGUCGAGGGCGGCGAGAGCUCGCGCCCGAAGGACGUCUUGAAGCGCGCGCUCAAGCCGGUGAACAAGCCGCCGCAUCCGCUCAAGCUGUCCGAGGUUUUGGACUGGACCGUGUGCUACGACGAGCGUCGCGGGCCCUCCGUGUGGCUCGUCACGCUGCGCGCGUGGUACCGACUCGGCGAACCCGCGGAGGGGUACAAGCGCGCGUUCGCGACGCUGCAGCGCCGCGUCGCGUUCUGCGACGCGACGCUGCGGGCGAUCCGUCGGGAUUGGAACGUCAGCGUGGAAGACGGCCUCGCCGCGCUCACGGCGGUGCCCGUCGUGAGCGGGGAUUACCUCUCGCCGAAGUUCCGCGGCGCGGUGGCGGCGAACGAGGCCGCGGCGGCGAAGGCGGCGGUGGAGAGCGGAGUAAAGGGCGGCAAGAAGGGCGCUUCGAAGCCGUCGUCGAAGAACGCGUCGCCGGCCGUGUCGAAGACGACGUCCAAGACGGCGGCGGGGAGCGAUUCGCCGGCGGCGGCAGCGAGCGCGGCGGCGGCGGCGGCGGCGGCGGUGACCGAGCUCAAGUACGCGCGCCGCGACGUCAUCAACGACACCGCGUUCAUCGCGCAGCAGCUCGAGGGCUUGCGCAAGGCUGGCGCGCUCGUGGACGGCGCGGAGCUCAGCGUCCCGCCGUUGAUCAAGUCGUACGCGACGUUACUCGAGACGACGCGGACGAGGGAACGCGCGGAGGCGCGCGCCGCAUCCAAGGCGGCGCAGCAAAAGGCGCUGCGGACGCAGAGCAGGUUCGGCGCGGGCGGCGCGGGCGGCGCGCGGCAAGCCGGCGCGGGCGGCGCGAGCAUGCCGCCGCCGCCGCCGAGGAACCUCCCGCCGAGGGAGACGAGGAGCGCGCCGCCGGCGGCGGGGCUGGUCGUCCCGGAGUCCUACGGCACGCCCCCCGCGUUGCUCGCGGAGACACUCGCGCUGUGGGACCUCACGCAAGUGCACGGCGCGUUUCUUCGGCUGCCGCCGUGCCCGUGGGAGCGCUUCAGUCGCGCGUUCCUCGGGCCGCCGUCCACGUCGGGGAUCAACCCCGCGGACGCGGCGCUCGUGAGGGACGUCUGCGUCGCGGUUCUGAGAGUCGCGGAAGGCGGGGGCGGCGACAAGGACGCGACGGAACCGCCGCCGGACGCGAAGCGCAUCGCGGAGAUGUCCGAGGAGGACGACUUGCGGAUGUUGGACUGGAGCGAGCGCGCGCUCGCGGUGCUGACGAUGUACGACGCCGGGGAGAAGCCGACGUGGCCGUGCGCCGCCGUGAAAAUCGGCGCGUUUCGAGCGACGCACGCGCUCGUGAAGGCGAUCGACGCCGCGACCGCCUCGGUCGGUUUACCCGCGGGCGAUCGCGUCGCGCUCGCGUCAGCGCUCGCUGCGAUCAUGUGCGAGGCGGAGAGCUGGCACGAUUACCUGUUCCCGAAGCUCGAGCUCGCGAUGCGCGCGCAGAAGGACGGGGAGCUCCCGCUCGGACCGAGAAAGGUGAAAGCGAAGACGACGGAGGCGCCGCUCGCGCAGCCUAAGAUCGCGGACGCGCUCGCCGCGAAGCCGGCGCCGGGAGGGGACGAGAAAGUGAAGGUGAAGACGGAGUCGUCCGUCGUCGUCGCGGGGGAGCAGACGUCGACGCCGACGCCGACGCCGAAGACGGAGGCGGAGGCGGGGACUCCCGCGAGCGAGGAGAAGAAGCCCGAGGCGGCCGCCGCCGCGGAGGAAAAAGGUGCGGCGACGUCGGACGCGGCGUCGACGGAGAAGAAGGACGAGACGCAGACGCAGACGCGCGCGGCGCCGACGCGACCGGAGUGGGCGGACACGCUCGUGGAGUGGGUCGCGAAAGCGGGCGCGCGGUCGACGUACCUCCGCUCGCGCGCGAUCGCGACGGACGAGACGGGACGGAAGUACUACACCCUUGGCGGCGCCGCGGGCGCGGGGUUGAUUUUCACGCAGGAGCCGUCCGCGACGGCGUUUCAACCGGACGACGACGUCGAGGAAGACGCGAAGAAGGACGCCCUUCCCGCCGCGGAGGUUAAAGAAGAAGGCGCCGCCCCGAGCGAUGACGCCGACGCCGCUGAGGAGACGCCCGAACAAAAAGCCGCGAAGCGCGCGGAGUCGAAGAAAGAAAAAGCGCAGCGAACGUCCGCGCUGUCCAAGGCGAACAUCGCCAAGGGGAAGGCGUACGCGGACGCGCUUCACGCCGCGGAGACGUGGGGCGAGUGCCCGACGCGCUGGAGCGUGUUCACGAUCGGUCCGCGUUUGAAAGAGCUGAAGGACUGGCUCGACGACGACCCGAGGAACCCGAAGAGCAUGGACGAGCGUCGUUUGAAAGCGAUGGCCGCGCUGUUGAUGCGGACCGCGCCGAAGGCGAAGGAUGAAAAAGCCGACGCCGCGGACGCCGACGCCGCCAAAGACGCCGCCAAAGACGCGGCGGCGACCGCGGACGUGGACUGGUUCAAAGAACUCGGCCUCGUGAAAGACGGGUACGUCAAGCUCGACCCGCCGCCGCCGGACCCGAACGACGCCUGGGGCGCGGUCGCGAUGAACCUCGGCCCGACGCGGGAGCAGAACCGCGCGGCGGCGGCGACGGCGCUGUGCGCCGUCGUCCGCAGCGUCUUGAGCGGAUCGUCAAAGUUUUGGAACCGCCCGAACAACUGGCUCCACGCGAUGCUCAACCUGUGCAGCGCGCUUCCGGACGCGCUCGGCACGGGGCUGGACUCGGUCGCGUCCGGGGACCGCGCGGGCGACCGCCUCGCGGUCCUCGUCUCGCGCGUGCUGCCGCCGCUCGAGGCGAUGUUGCGGUCGUCGCACGCGACGACGGAGGAGUGGCUGGACCGAAGAGAGGCUUGGUUCACUGGGUUGCGCGGCGCGGAGGAUUUCGAUCUUCGGAUCCCGCCGGAGAAGCUGAUGACGUGGGAGGAAGCGGAGGAGACCGCGCUCGCGCACACGGAGAUCGCGCAGACCGCGAUCGAGUGGUCCACCACGGACGAAGCGAUUCAGACCGCGAUGAAGCUGGGCACGGCGAGGAGCGCGCGACUUCUCGGCGUGCUGUGCAGCGCGCUCGUGCAAGACGACUCGCGAAUGAACAGCGCGAAGUUCUUCUCGACGAUUCCCACGGCGACGCACGCGGGCAUCAAGACGUGCGAGCCCGGGAACGUCGUCGCGCUGAUGCGCAAGGGGAUGAAACUCACUCGCGAGCGGUACAUCGGCGUCGGGAACGAGCCCGAGGGGUGGAUCCCGCUGAAGGAGUUGCGGCCGGUGGAGCGCGCGGUGGUUCGAGCGUGGGCGUUUCGAGACGCGGUGCCGCCGCCGCCCGACCUCCCGGGGUACUCCGGGACGCCGCCGUGCUGCUGGGUUCUGCUCGAACUUCUGGACGAGCCCGCGCUCGUGGCGGGGCGCGGGAGAAGGAACGAAAGUUCUCCGGGGGGGGGGCGCGAGGCGGGCCCGAGGCUGAUCAGCGCGCCGAUUUACGCCGGCGCGGAGGUUGCGGAUUACAUCGUGGACUGGGACAAAUACUCCGCGAGCGCGGAGAAGCCGUGGAGCAAGGGCGCGCGAAUCAUGAUGUUCUUCCCGGACAUCAACGACGGCGAAGGGCCGCAGGAGGACGCGCUCGGGAGGCCCGCGGACGUCGUCGCCGCGGUCGCCGGCGGCGGCGCGCCGCCGCCGGCGACGCCGAAGCCGAAGCCGACGGACGGGGAGGCGACGCCCAUGGACGUCGAGGACGGCGCGACGCCGAAUCCCGACGCCGCGGACGCGAACGCCGCUCCCGUGGGCGUCAUCAAGCUCGAGAACGGCGCGGAGUACUGGCUCGGGCGGGUGAACAGGGUGAAGCACGGCGACGACCCGUGGGAGUCCGUCCAAGUCAUCUUCGACAGCGACCCAGACGGGGACGAUCCGAUGUGGGUGUGCCCUUGGGAGAUCGAGAACGCGCCGGCCGAGUACCAAGACGAGGUCGUGCCAAACUUCCCGAACGCGGCCGGGGACGACGGCAUGGACGACGAGGAGCGCACGGAGGCGAACCAGAAGAAGGUCGAAGCCGGACGCGCGAUCGCGGAGAGGUUAGGGUGGCCGCAGGGCGUCAACGCCGCGCGCGUCGAGUUUGAGAAAUUUCGCGCCGCCGCCGCGGGACCCGGCGGCGUCGUCCCGAAGGCGCCGAUUUUCUGCCACGCCGAGCUCGACCUGUACCGCGUCUUGGUCGAGGUCAUGUGCCUCGGCGGGUCCGACCUCGUCACGGAAGAGAAGCGGUGGAAGCAAGUCGCGCGCACGUUGGGUAAAGACCUCACGAAGCAGACGUCCGCGUCGUUCGCGAUGCGGUCCAACUUUCAAAAGGCGCUCGUCGACGUCGAGGCGUGGCUGUGGGACAACGCGCACACGCUCGGCGAGCGACCAGAGGCGUACAACACCCUCUCGUCCACGCCCGUCGGGACGCCGGCGAAAGCGCCGCUCGUUUUCAAGGCGAAGGCGGACGUGUUGGACGCCGUGGACGAGGGCGACAACGACGACGACGACGACGACGACGGCGACGGCCCGACCGAGGAGGAGUACGACGACGACGACGACGACGGCGCCGCCGCCGCCGCCGCGAAGAAAGGAGGCGACGACGACGAAUUCCGGAUGUCGGACGACGCCGACGAGGACGACGACGACGGCGGCGGGGACGACGACAGCAGCGACGACGACUUUUCGAUCCGCCCGAACAGCGCGAGUAAGAAGAGGAAACAGAUGGACUAGCUGGCCACGUCCUGUCACCGAAUGACAGAGAGCACGCGGACGUAGGGGGCGACGGAUGUAGGAGGCGACAGACGUCGCUUCGAAUUUUUUUACACGACAUUGAGAAGAACUCACCCGC